UAGCGUACCGGUCGUUGCGUCGCUGAGUUCAAACGCCUUCUUCGUGGUUCUUACGGUUGAAACUGUACCAGCGCGGAUUUUUCAAGUUCAGUGUCAAUGUGCAGUGCAGUGAAGUAAAGCAGGAAGCUCGGAUACUCAGGCGCGCCAAUCCCCGGUGUACGGACUAUUGUGAACCUGCUUUGUGGUUGUUACUUUGGGAUUAAGGGUUUAGUGUGUGAUCAAGGGGGUUGUGGAAAGUUGGUAGCAUAGGACAAUACAAGUAGUACAACGCAAGGAUGGCCUCCACGAUCGAUAAUCCGGCGAUCGAGCAUCGUGCCAAGCCGCCGACUCCUGGAGAGGAGAUUGUCAUCUCCGGUAUUGCUGGGCGGUUCCCGAACUCGGACAAUGUUAAGGAGUUUGGGUACAAUCUGUUCAACAAGAUCGACAUGGUCGAUGAUCUGGAGACGCGUUGGCGCCACAGCAACGUCGAGAUCCCGCGUCGUAUGGGCAAGGUCAACAAUCUGGAGAAGUUCGAUGCGACGUUCUUCGGGGUGCACUUUAAGCAGGCCCAUACCAUGGAUCCGCAGUGUCGAAUCCUGGUUGAGCACGCGUACGAAGCGGUCAUCGAUGCGGGUGUCAAUCCAAAGACGCUGCGAGGAUCGCGGACUGGUGUGUUUGUAGGAGCGUGCUUCGCCGAGUCGGAGAAGACCUGGUUCUACGAGAAGAUCUCGUCGGGUGGGUUCGGUAUCACCGGGUGUUCGCGUGCUAUGAUGGCCAACCGAAUCUCGUACACGAUGGGCUUGAACGGUCCGUCGUUCCUUCUGGAUACGGCUUGCAGUAGUUCGAUGUACGCGCUGGAUUGUGCGUUCAACGCCAUUCGUAACGGAGAGUGCGAUUCCGCGAUCGUCGGUGGAUCCAACCUGCUAUUGCAUCCGUACGUAACGCUGCAGUUUGCCCGUCUCGGAGUCUUGGCCUCUGACGGCUACUGCCGUCCGUUCGACAAGGAUGCUUCCGGAUACACCCGAUCGGAAGCCAUCAGCGUGGUCUUCUUGCAGAAGGCCAAGGACGCACGACGAAUCUACGCCAAUGUGAUGUACUCCAAGACCAACUGCGACGGGUUCAAGGAGGAAGGUAUCACUUACCCGUCGGGAUCGAUGCAGCGUAAGCUGUUAUCCGAGUUCUACCAGGAGAUCAACAUUGAUCCGUCAACGGUCGACUACGUGGAAGCUCACAGCACGGGUACCGUCGUCGGUGAUCCCGAAGAGUGCGCAGGUCUGGACAAAAUCUUCUGCACAGGUCGCAAGAAGCCACUGCCCGUGGGUUCCGUCAAGUCGAACAUUGGUCACUCGGAGUCCAGCUCCGGUAUCUGCUCCAUCGUGAAGAGCUUGAUCGCUUUCGAAAACAUGAUGAUCCCACCGAACAUAAACUUUACCGAACUCCGUAGCGACAUCCCGUCGUUGGUCGAGGGUCGACUCAAGGUCGUUUCGGAACCAAUCAAACUGGACGGUCCACUGAUCGCAAUCAACUCGUUCGGCUUCGGCGGUGCUAACGCUCACGCUCUGCUCAAGGGUAACCCGAAGGAGAAGGUCAACUUUGGAAUCCCCGAAGAUAAUCUGCCCCGUCUGGUCACCUGGUCCGGAAGAACCGAGGAAGCCAUCGACGCUAUCCUGACCGACAUGAGCAACAGACAUCUGGACGCCGAGUACGUAUCGCUGAUGCACAACGUCCAGAGUGAGUCCAUUCCCGGAAACGUGUUCCGAGGUUACGGAGUGUACGCCAAGAACGGUACCGAGAACGCGCUUUGCCUGGGUCGUGAAUGCCAGCAUUACACAGGUUUGAAGCGCCCACUGGUCUGGGUCUUCAGCGGUAUGGGAUCGCAAUGGUCCGAGAUGGGCACUUCGCUGCUGGAGAUCCCGAUCUUCCGUGCCGCCGUCGAAAAGUGCCACAAAGUCCUCGAACCACGUGGACUGAACCUGAUCGAGAUCCUGACCUCCAAGGAGUGCAAAUACGAAAACAUUCUGCAUUCGUUCGUCGGAAUUGCCGCGGUACAAAUCGGUAUCGUCGACGUGCUCCGAUCGCUGGACAUCGAGCCGGACUUUGUGAUUGGACACUCCGUCGGUGAGCUGGGUUGUGCCUACGCCGAUGGCUGCUUCACCGCUGAACAAAUGAUCCUGUCGGCCUACUCUCGUGGUAUGGCCAGUUUGGAAACCAAGACGGUCUUCGGAUCAAUGGCUGCCGUCGGAUUAGGCUACCGUAAGAUCCGUACCAUGCUUCCGCCAGGUAUCGAAGUGGCUUGCCACAACGGACCCGAUUCGUGUACCAUUUCAGGACCGAAAGAAAACGUUGAGGCAUUCGUCAAGGACCUCACCGCCAAGGGCAUCUUCGCCAAGGAAGUUCCGUGCUCGAACAUUCCGUACCACAGCAAAUACAUCGCCGAGAUGGGACCCAGGCUGCUGGCCCGACUCAACGAGGUCAUCCCAGAGCCAAAGAAACGAUCGCCAAAGUGGUUGAGCUCCUCAGUCCCGAAGAUUCGCUGGGAUCAACCCGAGAGUCAGCUCUCCUCCGCUCACUACCACACCAACAACUUGCUCAGCUCGGUUCUCUUCGAGGAAACCUCCGCUCUACUGCCCAACAAUGCCAUGACCAUCGAAAUUGCUCCCCACGGCCUACUGCAAGCGAUUCUCAAGAAAUCCAUGCCCAACGCUAUCCACAUCGGUCUUACCAAGCGUGGCAACAAGGACAACGUUCAAUACCUGUUCAACGCGCUCGGAAAACUCUACGUCAACGGUCUGGACAUCCCGGUGUCCCGACUCUACCCGCAGGUAGCCUUCCCGGUGUCCCGCGGAACACCCCCCAUCUCCCACCUCAUCCGGUGGGACCACAGCGAGGACUGGUUCGUGACCAAGUUCGAGAUGCAAAAGUCGUCCAAGAGCGGCGAACGGCGCGUAAAGGUCAAGCUGAGCGAUCAGGACUACAGCUACAUCUCGGGCCACGUGAUCGAUGGGCGUGUUCUGUUCCCAGCGACGGCUUAUCUCCACCUGGCCUGGGAAACGCUGGCCAUGGUGAAGGGUCCGAUGUACUUUGAUCUGGAGGUUGAGUUUGAGGACGUCAAGUUCCUGCGGGCGACCUCGAUCGCAAAGGAUCAGGAGAUUGAGUUUACCGUCAUGCUGCAGCCGGGAACGGGUCGGUUUGAGAUCACCGAAGGUACCGCCGCCGUUGUGACUGGUUACGUGAAGCACGUUGAAAACAUCCAACUUUCGGAGAUUCCGGAUCCACCCCAGACCGACCACCCAGUCCUGACACCGCGUGACUUUUACAAGGAGCUUCGGCUGCGUGGCUACCAUUACAACGGAGCGUUCCGAUCGGUGGUGGAGGCUCGGGCCGAUGCGCGCUGCGGAAAGGUCAGCUGGGAGCUGAACUGGGUAUCGUUCCUGGACUGUCUGCUGCAGUGUUGCAUCGUCGGCAAAGACACGCGAUCGUUGAUGAUCCCGACGGGUAUCGAGCGUCUGCGAAUUGAUCCCAAGAUGCACCUGGCCAUUGCCAACACCAUGGACGAUGGUCAGCAGGUGUUUGACUUCAAGUACUCGGACAUUCUGAACACCAUUCGCUGUGGAGGAAUCGAAAUCAUUGGUCUGCAAGCGAGCACGGUUGGCCGCAGGAAGCCUCCAGGUUAUCCGGUGUUGGAAUCGUACCAGUUUAUUCCUCACCUGCCGACGCCGAAAAUGUCCAAGGCUGAUGCGAUCCGCGUUUGUGUUCAGCUUGCGCUGGAGAACAUUGCCGUGCCCAAGGUCAAGGCGGUGGAAAUUGACUUCCACAACGAUACACCCAUUACGCCCCUGUUUGCCGAUGCUCUGGGUGAUCUUCCGCUGGUGACGGCCGAUCUCAUGUUCCUGUCCCAGCAGCAAAUUACCCCGGCUGGAGUGCACGUUGAGGACGGAAAGCUUUCGACGCAGUCGAACUGCCUGUUCCUGAUUUCGAUCAACUGCCUGGGACGACCGGAGCUCAUCGAGGAGGCCGCAGGAAGUCUGCAUGACAACGGCUUCAUCCUGUCGCGUGAAGCUGCCAAUUUGGCAACGGACAGCAUCGUGGCUCCGGCUGGAUAUCAACUGAUCGCGGUUAUACCCGUUGAAAACGAAACCUACGUCCUGCUGCAGCGCAUCAAGCGCAAGUACCUGGGAAGUCCGACGAUUCUGCAGAUUCCAGCCAACGACGAGCAGUACCAGUGGAUUCCGAAGCUGCGUGACGCUCUGAAGCAGGGAUCAGUUAUUGUGGUCUCGCAGGGUGACAGCUCGUCCGGUAUCGUCGGAUUGGUCAACUGUAUCCGUAAGGAACCGGACGGUGGCAUGGUGAGCUGCGUGUUUAUCGAUGACCCGAAGGCACCCCCCUUCGAGUUGGAUAACCCGAUCUAUAAGGCGCACCUCAAGCUGGGUCUCGCGAUCAACGUGUACCGAAGCGGUCGUUGGGGAACGUACCGUCAUCUGCAGCUGUUGCAACCGACGAUCACGAAGCCGAGACGCGAUCACUGCUACGCCAACGCUCUGACCAAGGGAGACCUGUCUUCGAUGACUUGGCUUAGCGGACCGUUCAACCAGUGCCGACCAAAGGGUGAGAUGGUCCGAGUCUGUUACAGCUCGCUCAACUUCCGCGAUGUAAUGUUCGCUUCGGGCAAGCUGUCGGCCGACUUUGCCAACUUGACCCGCAUCGAGCAGCAGUGCGAACUUGGCUUCGAGUACUCGGGAGUGGCGGAGAGUGGUCGCCGCGUCAUGGGCAUGGUCACGACUGGAGCGAUGGCAACGCACGUCGAGUGUGACGACACCCUGAACUGGACCGUCCCGGACAAGUGGAGUCUGGAGGAAGCGGCGACGGUGCCGGUUGUCUACACGACCGUGUAUUGCGCACUGUUCAUCAACGCCCACAUCCACAAGGGACAGUCCAUUCUGAUCCAUGCCGGAAGUGGUGGAGUUGGUCUGGCUGCGAUCCGGGUUUGCUUGGCUUACGGGCUGGAGGUGUUCACGACGGUCGGAUCGCAGGCCAAGCGGGACUUUUUGCUGCAAACGUUUUCGCAGUUGAAGGCGGACAACAUUGGCAACUCGCGUGAUACUUCGUUCGAGAAGAUGAUCAUGCUGCGCACCGAAGGUAAGGGCGUUGACUACGUGCUGAACUCGCUGUCGGACGACAAGCUGCAGGCUUCGCUGCGUUGUCUGGGCAAAUACGGCAAGUUCUUGGAGAUCGGCAAGUACGACAUGGCCAACGACACCAAGCUGGGUCUGCACCGGUUCCUGCGUGCGCUGUCCUUUACGGCCGUUUUGGUCGACUUCCUGUUCACGGCGCCACCGGAGGAGAAGGCCGUCCUGAAGGCCAUGCUGGACAAGGACAUCAAGGCGGGCAUCAUUGUGCCACUCAAGUCGAAUGUGUUCCCGGCGAGCGAGAUCGAGCAUGCGUUCCGAUAUCUGGCCAGUGGAAAGCACGUUGGUAAGGUGCUGCUGAAGAUCCGUGAAAACCCCAAGGACGACGAGUCGCUGCCGUUGGCGUAUUUGCCACGCAUGUACUGCAACCCUGACCUGUCGUACGUGGUUUGCGGCGGUCUGGGAGGAUUCGGGCUGGAGUUGGCCGAUUGGUUGGUGCUGCGUGGAGCGCGCAAGAUCGUGAUGAGCUCGAGCCGUGGCAUUUCCAAACCGUACCAGGCGUACAGGAUCAAGAUCUGGGAGCAGUACGGUGUCAAGGUGGUGGUCAACACCGAGAACAUCUCAACGAGAAAGGGAUGUGAGGCGCUGCUCCAGGCUGCCUGCAAGCUGGGUCCAGUUGGUGGAAUCUACAACUUGGCGGUGCAGCUUCGCGACAGCAUCUUCGAGAAUCAAACGGUGGAGAGGUUUGUGGAGUGCAUGGGACCGAAGGCGUUGGCCACCAAGUAUCUGGACGAGCUGAGCAGGAAGAUGUGUCCGCAGUUGGGAUACUUUGUCGUGUUUUCGAGCGUUUCCUGCGGUCGUGGUAACGCAGGUCAGAGCAACUACGGAAUGGCCAACUCUGUGAUGGAGAGGAUCAUCGAGCAUCGUCACGCGUGCGGACUGCCGGCCAAGGCUGUCCAGUGGGGAGCCGUGGGUGAAGUCGGUCUUGUGGCGGACAUGCAGGAAGAUAAGCUCGACAUGGAAAUCGGUGGAACUCUGCAGCAACGUAUUUCGUCCUGCCUGCAGGAGUUGGACCCACUGCUGACUACUCCGGAUCCGAUUGUGGCCAGCAUGGUUGUGGCGGAGAAACGUGCCCGCACAACCGGCAAGGACAACAUCAUCGAGUCGGUCAUGAACAUCAUGAGUAUCCGUGACAUCAAGUCCAUUUCGAUGGAUACGACACUGUCGGAGUUGGGCAUGGACUCGUUGAUGGCGGUUGAAAUUAAGCAGACGCUUGAACGCGAGUACGAACUGUUCCUGACGCCACAGGAUCUGCGUUCACUAACCUUCAUGAAGCUGCAAGAGUUGACAGAGGCAAAGGCCAACGCUGACGAGAAUGUCAAGCUGAAGUUGGCCAACGAAAAGACACCAACCGGAGUUGCGAUGUUGUUGCGUAACUUGGGAGAUGAGUUCAACAGCGAGAACACGAUUCUUCGUCUGCAGUCGGAGAACGACUCCAAGAAGUACAAUGCCUGCGUUCUGCUUUCGCCUGGUAUCGAAGGUGUCGCUGGAAACGCCUGGCACAACAUUGCCUCUCAGCUGACUCUGCCAACCUUCAUCACCCAGCUCACGAAGACCAUCAACAUGGAGAGUAUCGAAGAAAUUGGCCAGUUCUUGUCGAACGACGUGAUUGAAAACAUCUUCAAGGGUACCGAGCACUUCUACCUGGUUGGUUACUCGUUCGGAGCGUUCAUCACGCUCGAGAUGGCUCGACUGCUAGAAGAAACCGGCAAGCAUGGUCAGAUCCUGCUCAUUGACGGUGCGCCCAAAUUCCUCCACAAACUGGCCAUCGACCAAAUGUCCGCCAACUGGACCGAAGAAUCAAUCCAGAUCGUGCUGAUUGCCGGCAUCCUCAACACCAUCUUCCCCGACGAAACAACCGACGUUCUUCCCAUCAUCACCGAAUGCCCAACGUUCGAGUCUCGCAUCGACAAGCUGCUGGAACUGGCCAAGGAUCAGAACAUCUACUCCGAAGGGUAUCUACGAAUGAUGACCAAGGCCCUCUACAAUCGCAUCAAGAUCACGCUGCUAACCGACGUGAACUGCAUCAAACCGCUUGAAUCCCCCAUCACGCUCGUUCGCCCAACCGAAGUGUCCGUCGUGGACAUCGAGGAAGACUACGGCCUGUCCGAGUACACCACCGGCACGGUCAGCCUCAAGUUCCUCGAAGGUAACCACAUCACCAUGCUGGAGAACCCCAAGCUGACGCAAAUCAUUACGGAGUCGGAUCCGGUGCUCGAAUCCGAUCGCUCGUUCCAGAAGUACCUGCAGAGCAAUGUGAUUGCUGAGUAAAAACAAACACCCCACCCCCUUUUGAGAAAUCCUCAACAAACUAACAGAAUCCACAGAAGAAGAAAAAACCUAAAUUGGCAAAAGACAACGACCCGUUAAUACGCUAGAACAAUUGUAACACACACUUUCUUCCAGGAACUUCCAGGCACCUUGAACCCAAAACCCACAACCACACCCACAUGUAGAAGAGACAAAUAUUUAUUACAGAAAAUAAAGCUAAAUGAAUUCCUAA